AUGGCCCUGAACAUCGUGGACUGGGCAUCACGCUUUCAAAUGAUGAUCCCUCUACCAGGACAUACCCCUGCGGCUGCUCGACGAGCGUAUCUGCAAUGGGUCCGUCUUUUUGGACCACCGGAGAAGCUCUACACGGAUCUUGGCCGGGAGUUCAAGGGAGUCUUCGAACUUGGAGCAGAACAUGAUUCCACGUAUAUCGAGCCGAGCUCGUUGGAAAUGCCGACUCAACGGAGCAUCACCGAGAGAGCUGGCAGAAACUUCAAGGAGGUAUUGAGUCGAACUAUGAUGCAGGUCGCUUGCACAUCCUUUGAGGAGUGGUCAAAUGUGGUGGAUAUCGUCAACAUGACAUGCAAUCGAUUGACCAACAAAUCAGGUUUCAGCCCGAUUCAACGGGUGCUAGGCUAUACUCCUCGAGUACCUGGAGGACUGCUGACCGGAGGAAGCAAUGACUUGGCUACCAUGAGUCGUCGAUGUGGAGAUCUUCAAGUUCAACAAGCCGAGAAAAUCCGACUUGCCGCAGCAAAGGCUUUCCAUGAAGCCGAUGCCACGCAGGCCAUCAAGAAUGCACUACAUGGUGGCCACAGGCCGAUUUGCGACUUUGAGGUAGGACAACUGGUAUACUUCUGGAAGAAGGGAACCGAUGGCCCUAAGAAGAAGAGACCCAGUUUCUGGCGGGGACCUAGCCGGGUCAUUCUGACUUCACCUCCAAGUACGGUCUGGCUGAGUUAUCGGGGUUUCGUAGUCAAGGCUGCGCCAGAGCAGUUGCGUCUGGCAUCUGAGGAUGAAAGAUUCACCCUGACCGGUUGGAUCGACGACAUCGCCAACACUCGAGAGGAACUAGAGACACAACCAAAACAAGGAUACCUCGACUUGACGAAACUCCCUUUUCCUACGGAAGCUGACGAGGAGAACGAGGCCGAGCCUGCAGAUGGAGAGAUUGAAGAACCCAAAUAUCGGCUUCACGGAAAAACACCGAAGGCUGAGGUGACGGCAAGAUCGGAAGGGAUGCAACCAGAUGAGUGGCUGCUUGACGAACAAAAAGGGGUUCUACAUCGAGUCCACCGAGUGCCUCGUGAAUCUCUUUUUCAACCCAGCGAGACGGGAGACCGAUGCCCUGUGGAUUUGUCUCGACUCCGAAGUCGACGAAUCACGACAGGGCACUACACUUGCGGUGGUGACGGCUUUCACACUGAUGAUGACUGGAUUCUGAAGUUUGGGAAUGAGAUUCCAAUGAUGCCGUGGACAGGGAGAACCACGUUUCCACUACAUCCUCCUGAAGAACAACCUGAUCGAGGAGAACCUGUCCCUGCUCUACCUGCACAUGUUGGAAGAGACCUACAUGAGGAGAGACAUCAACAUGGAGAACCUGAGAGAACCAGAACUCAGGUUCGGCGAGACCGUGAAGAAGAAGAACAACCAGAUGAUCCCGAUUCACCCGAACCGGAUCCGAAGCGAUCUCGUCGAGGAGAAGGAGAACCAUACGAGUCGGAGGACCAGUAUGAACCGAGUAUCGCCGAAGAACCUGAACUACCUGGAGAUCGUGGAGAAGUACGUGGUCGGGAUUUGGAUGAGGACGAAAACAACCCGGGUCCGAACAGUAAACGGUCCCGCACGGAAUUUGUGGAGGUGCUGCUGAAUUCGAUUGAGAAGGUCAUGGCGGCAAAGCUGAAGAAGGAGGUCAACUUUGGCAAACUCACGAAUGAGGAGAAGAAGAAGUUCCAGAAAGCGAUUGAGAAGGAGGUGAAUAACAACCUGAAUACACAGGCAUACCAGAUACUCUCUCCAGAGGAAUCAGAAGAGAUCAGAAGGAAAUCCCCGGAGAAGAUUGUCAAGUCCAGAUUUGUGAUGACGGAAAAGAGCAUCGAUGAGGAUGAAGUGGAGAAGGCAAGAGGAGAAGCUGUUCUUCUACAGGACGAUGGCCCAAACAGCACAAAAGCGAAGGCGAGGCACGUGAUGAAGGGAUUCAGUGAGGAGAACUCUGAGAACUUGGAAACUACGACUCCUCAAUGUGGCCGAGAAACUGUACUGAGUGUGCUUCAACUCCUCUGCAGUUUGCGAUGGACUCCAGGGUAUUUGGACUUUACGCAGGCAUUCCACAGUGGCGACCAGAUCCAAAGAGAGAUCUAUGCUGCCCAACCACAUGAUUGUCCCCUUCCUGGUUAUUCGCCCAGACAACUUCUUAAGUUGCUGAAGACUUGUUACGGCCUCUUAGACGGUCCCUAUGCUUGGUACCAACACCUGAAGAAAGUCCUAUGUCAGUUGGGGUACGAGUGUAGCGCUGCCGAUCCAUGUUUGUUCUUUCUGUUUGAUCAAGAUCGACAACUGCAAGGCUUGAUCAGCGUGGCCACGGACGACCUCUUACAUGGAGGUACUCAGGUACACUGGAACAAGAUGAAGUGGAUCAAUGAACACUACAAACUUGGAAAAUUCUCGACUGGCAAUGGACGGUUUGUUGGAAAGGAGAUCAGUUGUCGAAGUGAUGGGAGCUUUUUGGUACACCAGCCUCUGUAUGCGCAGAAGGUGAAUCCCAUCAAGCUCACCCGCGAGCGCCAAAAACAGAAAUAUGACUUUUGCUCUGAGGAGGAGAUCAGUAACCUUCGUGGUCUCCUAGGUGGCUUAGCUUGGCUCGCCAAAGAAACUCGACCUGACUUGGCGGGACGAGUUGCACUACUUCAACAAGCUAUGCCACAUCCCUAUGUCCAGGACAUGAUCGAGGCCAAUGCUCUAGCCCGAGAGGCCAUCAAGUAUGCCGACGUGGGAUUGACGAUUCAUCCCAUUCCAGUUGAACAUCUCCGAGUUGGAACUGUGACUGAUGCCUCCUGGGCUAACGUGAAGAUCGACCCGAAGAACCACACCGAGGAUUUUUGGGAAGAACGAAAAGAUCGAUGGAUUCGACAUCAUGUCCAACCACGACGUCUACUAUUUCAUCCUGCCUCAGUUCCUGGAGGUCCUAACGUAUACCAACUACAAGAUCGGCGGAGCACCAUCGCCGAUGGAGAAGAGCAUGCAGACGAAUGGAAUCACCGAAAGGGGGUCCAAACCAAAGGAGAGAUCCCAUGGUGUGGACAAACAAUCUUCGUGAAGAAGAAGGAGGGUGAGCCAAACAAGGCAAUUCAGGAAAAGUUCUUACAGCACGAUCGACUUGCCAGUCAGGGUGGAUACAUUACCUUUUUCUAUGAUGCUCGAAUGGAGACUGAGGAGAAAGGAUAUCCUAUUUCCAUAGUGAGUUGGAAGAGUUUCAAAAUCAAAAGAUGUACGGUUAACACCUUGUCCGCGGAGUGUCAGGCAAUGAUCCAUGGAGUUGGAUCUAUCCACUGGCUCCGCUUCUUGCUGCAGGAGUCUUUUGGUGGCAAGAUUCACCUUGAGGACUGGGAGAAGGAGAUCGGAAAAACACCCUGUGUGGCUGUGACGGACAGCAAGUCCCUCUUCGACACGAUACAGAAAUGCUGCAAUACAUCAUCCCAUAUCGAGGACAAGAGGACGGCGAUCGACGUCACGGUGCUGAAGCGUGACUUUCAACGCACUCAAGGCCAGCAGCUGUCGCUGCAUGAGACAUGUGGCUCGAACUACGGGCCUUGGGAGUCUGAACGUUGCGGUCCUUGGGCGCCGGCUUCGCUGGCUGCGCUGGAUCUCGAGCUGGCCGGGACGGCGGAGGCAGCGCAGGCUAAAGGCAAUGAGAUGGGGCCUGCAGCUGACCACAAUGUUGCUUAG